AUUAUUAGUACCACAAUUUAGCAUUUUACGAAAAACAUUCCACAUUUCCAUGAAAACCACUGUCAACAAACGAAAAUGAAUUAUUUUAGACGCAUGGGGAGGUUUUUUAGAAAGCUGGGAGAUCAAGAUGGUGAUGAGAGACAUUCAUCCUCCAGACAAUCUGCCUACCACUCGCAAAACAGCUGUCAAGCAUACCAUAAUGAAAUCAAAGAGUUCCCUCCCGUCCAUACUGAUGCUGUAUCAAGCUUGGCUGCCAUUCAACCUGGAAUUUGUCUCUCGGGGAGCAAAGAUCAUAGUGUUGUUCUCUUUGACUACAAUGGAGGUAACACACUGCAGAAAUGGACAGGACACCAGCGAGAAAUCACUCAGGUUGCAUAUGGACAGCAAAGCAAAAAUGUAUUCAGUGCCUCCAGAGACAAAUCAGCCAAGAUGUGGCAGCGAGGCCAUAGUGAGCAAGUGCGGUCAUUUGAAGGACAUAGCCUUGUUGUGACAGCAUUGGCUUUGAACGAAGAUAAUACUCACCUCUGUACUGGGUCAAGGGAUAAUACUCUAAAAAUGUGGGAUGUGGAGUCUGGCGAAUGCUUGCAGCAGAACAAUACAUCAAGAAAUUUGGUCACACAUAUGAAAUGGGGAAGAGGUGCUAACAUUCUUGCGCAGACUAGCGAAGACAAGGAACUAAAAAUAUGGGAUACACGUUCGUUACAAAUUUCACAGACAUUCCCGAGAAAGUUAUACAUUCAGACAAGUUGUGAUCUGUCAUCUGACAAUUUACACUGCCUUACAAGUAGCAAUGGGUUUGGUGGAAAUGGCUGUGAAGCUACGUUAUGGGACUUACGGACAACCACCCCUGUUUGUGAAUAUAGAGGUCACAUUGAGACAGUUGCUAGUUGUAUAUUCUUACCGAGUCAAGGUGGCAUGAAGCUUAUUGCCACAUCAGCCAAUGACUGCAAUGUUAAAGUCUGGAAUCGAGACACUAAAGAAUGUUUAUGCAGUUUGUCUCUAAGUGGAGCUGGUCCUCUAACUAGUCUUGUAGCCUAUGAAGACAAUACAAUACUGGUGUCGAGUUUCAACCUGGGUGUUCAUGUCCUAUCUCUCCAAACUGAUAGGAAUGGAUCAUUGUCUUUAGUCAAGACUGCACAGUACUGAGGGAUAAUGCUGAUUUUGAUUUGAAAACUUGCGAGGUUUCCUAGUACUGUGACUCCGAUUACAGUGUCUCCAAGGUUGGCACGUCCAGGACAACCUUCUCAGAGUUUGAGGGGCCGAGGACAGGAGCCUCAAAGAUACCUCCAAGGACUCUCAUCAGCUGGUGCAAUCUUCUAAUGGGAGCUGCCGAACAGUAGAAGUUUGAAUGACUGGUGAUACUCUACUUGGUUUUGCCUUUUGGUGUACUUCUGGAAAAGUGAGGUCUGUGAUAACUGAUGGAAAUGGUUCAGAUCCCAUAUAUAGAUUUCUUGAAUCUUGGUUCAACGAUGAGGUUCUGCAAUUCAGAUCUCAGUGGCCUGGCCGGAGAGUAUAGUUUUACAUAUAGCUGUUCUGAUCGACAGGAACAUGCACUCUGGCAUGUGGGUGGACCGAGUCCUUACUUGUAAUCGGCACAAAAGUGGCCGUGUUUUAUAUUUGUGUGCAAUGAUUUCCCGUCCAAGUGUGAGUUUGCUUCAAGCUUGUUAUACUUUUAAAGUAUUUAUAAUUCUGUAGUUUUAUGUCUAUAUUUGUUUUGCUCAAAUUAUAUUUCGUUUGACUGAAUGAUUAUUGAGUUGAGGGGUGAUUGUCAAGUAACACAUUUUUAGCUCUAAACAAAGAUUUUUUUUCUGUCUAACCUGGAUAUUGGAUGAAUUGGAAAAGGCUGUUAGAAGUGUUUGCUUUUCUCAGCCAGUAGAUUAUACUGUUAUACAUGUGUGUAUGAACAUAUUUGUUUGUCUCCCAGUUGUAUGUGUAGUACUGUUACUGUUUCAAGUAUGUUAUGAUACUGAAAUUUAGCCAGUUUAUAUUUGUAAUAAUGUCAGUUAGUGGGGUGCACAUAUUGGAUCAAGGGGUGCACUUUGCCAUGGAGUAUACCAUUGUAAUAAAUGUAAAGUGCUUUGAGAAUGUUGCACAUUAUAAAAAGCGCUAUUUAAGAAAUUUUAUCUUAUUUAUUGUAUUUGUACUGUAUGAAUAUGAUCUGUCCUCUCAACUUACAAAAAAUCAUGUACAAUGUUUGACAUUCAGUUGUAUUGAGCCUAUCAUAUUGAUGAGGAGAGAUUUAUUUGUCUUGCAGAUUAAGCUAGUAAACCUCAGUUAGAUUGUGUUCUUAUUUAGAAGGCCUACAGUUGUGAUUUAUUUUGAAUAAAGAAUUCA